UGUUUCAUCAUUAAAAUUAGUAACCUUGCCACUUGGAGAAUCAAUAUGAUUAACUGUAGUUUUGUUUCAUUCUGCUUCCCUCGGAUUGAUGUGAUUGUCGCCUGAGCUUUGCUUUAAACAGUUGUUUAUUGUUAAAGGAAAAAAGAACUCGAUUAUCUCUACUUUCUUAAUCAAGACAAUUUACCUUGAAAAAAAUUUAAGAAAGAUAUUAAUCUUUACCUACUUGAAAUUUUCUCUUAACAUUUCAAUAAAUCAACUCGUGAUCUAUUUCAAUUAUCGUCAUCAUUUCAUUUUGGAUUCUUCUUCUUCUAAAAUUGCAAUUUUUAGUGUUUUCUGGUUAGAUGAAUAUCCCACUUGGUCAAUCAUGUUUUAAAAAAGAUUACCAGGAGAACACUGUUACUGGUCAUCUUCAUUUUUCUAACCAGUUACCUGUUCAACCUCAAAGUGGUAUACAUCUUACCAAAUUUGAAUCUUUACCUAGAGGACUCAAAAGAGCUGAAUUGAAUAGUGUUAAGUGUCAAUCAGUUGAAAAUUUAACACAUUCACCGCUUCCUCCCAUGUACUCUACAAUUACCUCAAGUACACCACCACCUGGAAUCAUUGAAAAUCAUCACCAAGGAGGCUUCAUAAAUGGCCAGUUGUCUUUGAGAAAAGGAUUGCGUCGCCUUUUAGAUAAAAAUGGAACCUCCAAUGGUAGCCUCAAAUAUUCUCAUUCAUCCCAUGUUCUCAAUCAAUCAUCAAACCCAACAAAUGCAACUAAAUGUGAAUUUACCAAUGGUUCUUCAUCAACCUUAUCAUCCUCAUCUAAUGGUUCAUCCUCUUUAUCAACUGGAAAUCUAAUGUCUACUCGAAGUCAUUCACUGGAAAAUGGAAAUGCAAAGUUGAAAGAUUCUGUUCGUUCCAGUACCAUGAUAAACAACACGGUUAACCAGACUAAACAAAGUUUUGUUAAAACACCUAGAAGUCGAAGUUCAUCACCGCAUCGUAGUCUACGAUUUAAAUCUUCCAUUGCACGUUUCAUUGAUUCAAAUGGUCGUCUGGUUGAUUGCAAUGGUCGCCAUGGGUUACCUCGGAAACAAUUAAAAGCACUUCUACCUAUGGAAGAUCCAAACAUAAAUUUAACCUACUACCGACAGUAUUCACCUAUUAUCGAGAAAAAUGGCCUUCUCACACAAGUCAAUAUUCGUACUAUGGAUUCAUUGAAAGAAAACCUAGACAUUUAUGUCGUCUCCAAUAAUUCAAAUCACAACAACAACAAUAAUAAUGAAAGCCAUAAUAUUAUCAAUAACAAAAGUGUAUCUGUUAAACGUCGCCCUUCCAAUUUAUCCUGUAGUCGUGUUUUACCAAAUGAUGAUCGACUCUAUUCACCACAAUCAGUUAAACCAUUUAGAAGUGUUUCCACCCUGGACUCUCGUAGACAUUGUUACCAAUCUUACUCUGGUCCUACAACCCCAGACCGUGAAAUAGUCCAUGGCCAUGGUCGUGAUUUACAGAGAAAGUUUAGUGAUCCAAGAUUAGUGUCUGAUCACAGAGAUCAAUACAAUUAUUAUCAACAACAACAAAGGAUAACAAAAAAUAAUUACUUGACUUACCAACAGUAUUUACAGCAUCAAAACAAGUCAACAAUGGAACUUAUUCGCAAUGGCGCUAGAAUGCUCUGGUGUGAAUUACCGCAGGUCCGUGAACUGGGUUUACUUCGUGAACUCUCACCAGCUCAGAGGCAGUUACAAGAGGCUCUUUUCGAAGUGAUCACAUCUGAAGCUUCUUACCUGAGAAGUUUAGACAUUCUAGUCAACCAUUUUGCAAAUAAUGCUAUACUAUCUAAUCCAGCCUUUCUGGAUCCUCGACGGAGAGCUGAAUUAUUUUCCAAUAUACAUGUGAUAAGAGACAUUUCUCACAAUCUGAUGAACAUUUUAGAGGUUCGCUGGAGACAGAAUCUCGUUUUAACUGAUGUUUGUGACAUUUUAGUUGAUUAUGCUUACAACCAUUUUGCUCCCUACUUAACCUAUUGUCGUUUUAAACGUCGCCAAGAAUCAACCCUUCGGGAACUUCAGCUGUCAUCAAAAUUCAACACUUUAAUCAGACAACUAGAAAUGGAUCCAAUUUGUCAAGGAUUGACUCUCCAUUCAUUCUUAUUAUUACCUGUUCAACGGGUUACCCGGUAUCCUCUGUUGGUUGAGGCAAUACUUCGUCGUCUUCCACCCGAUUCAGCUCAAUAUCGUUCCUGUAAACGAACCCUGUUUGCCACCGAUAAGUUAGUUAAAGAGUGUAAUACUGCUGCCAAUCAAUAUGACAAAUAUCUUGAUCUCACCUCUAAACUUAAAUUUACCUCAAAUAACAUGAAAGGUUUAUCAAUAAAUGAGCCCCGAUGGUUAAUUAUGAAUGUAGAAGUAACCCGAUUAAAGCCGGAAACACAGUCAAACUUAUUGAUUGGCACCUUUCGUGCACCUCAUUGGUCCAAUUCAGUUAAUGUUUUAUCCAUACUGAGUGACAUGGUAUUACUGAGCAAGAAAAAAGGAGAUGAGUUAACUGUAUACGACUAUUGUUUCCGAGAUCUUGUCCAGAUGAGAAAAGUUGGCCUGGAUACGAAUGAACGAACUUUAUUUAAUUGCAAGCUUCCAGAAACUUAUAAAAAUUUGGUUAAGAUGACAUUUCUUCAUAACAAUUGUGGUAAAAGGAUUGAAUAUUGUCUCAACUUCAAUUCAAUAUCUGAACGAGAUGAGUGUCUCUCCAUUUUAGAUCCAAAGACAAACUUUAUAAGGACUGAACAAUUCAUGGAAUCUUCAUGUAAGAUUUGGGAAGAUUCAGUGAAACAUCAGCAGCAACAGACAACCUGUUGUCCUAACCAACAUAAUGGCUGUCAAAAUGGAGAGUACGGUCAUGAGAUUUAUAUAUGAAGAGUAAAUCAGAAAAAUCUCACAACGAUAUCGCCAUUCUCAUCAAUUACAACAUUAUCUUCCCUCAUCUAAAUCCUUCCUCUUUGCAACUCACAGUUGUCAGUUGGUGGAACAAAAAAGAUGAACAAGAUUUUAAACACUUAGCUGAACGAACACGACAUCAUCUUCACCUUUUUCACCUUCUUCUCACUCCGUCUUCAUUUGCAUAACAUUUUUUGUUCACUUCUUCUCCUACUUCAACUUCAACUUCAACUUUACUCAAUCUUUUUUUGAUUUUUUUCUGGUUCAUGGUCAGAGUGAAGGAUUUUUCACCCACAUCCUCCUACCAAGUUGAAACGAGACAUCAUCUAAUAUCAUUUCAUCUUUUUUGAUCGUCUUCAUUUGGAACAACUUGUCCGUAAAUGUUGCCGUAAAUUUAAUCAACAUGACGAACAAACUGUCAAAGUUGAACAUCUUUUUUCUUCAUCGAAACUCAACAGAUAAACAAGUCAUGAAUCAACUUAACAAUCAACGAAUCUCAUCAUCAUUAAACAUCACAACAACCCUUCAUCACUUUACUUCUCGCAACACAUACAAACAAACUCACAACAAAAUGUCAUGUUUAAACCGAUCUCAUGCUCAUUCACAAAAUACACUCAACUUUUAGAUACAAUCACAUUCCCAAGUGAACAUCAUUUUCACUAUUCCGUCCAAGUGACUUUCAUUUAGUGAUAUUUAUCAAUUUGGCUGCCAUUUUUACAACCAUCAUUAAUUAUACAACUAUUGUUACUAUUAGUUUUGAUGCCACUUUAUUAACUCUGUCAUCUUUCACCUACUAUUUAUAAAUCCAACAAGUGUUAAGUUUGCGCCCUUAAUGCUAAAAGGCAUCUUUUUUUGAUAUUUUGAUUCCACAUUCAUUUACCUUUUUUUAAAAUGAACCCAAUAUUUACAUAAUUUUGUUACCCAGUAUUAAUCAUGUUGAAUUUUAAUCAAUAUUGAUCAAUAAUCAUGAAAAGUAAUCUCAUGUAAAUUAUGUUCAACGAUUUAUUCCAACGGACAGAGUUUGUAAAGUAAAUCAAAAGAAAAAUCAUAUAAAAUGUUAGAUUAAUGUUAGUUUUGUUUUGCUCAUGUUAACUCUUUAACCUGUACAUGGUUGAAGGACAACAAUUAAGGCUACCUAAUUAGUGAUUCACAUGACACAUUAAUUAAUGAUGGUGCACCUUGAUUAAUAUUGUCAUCUUCCUUAAUCAAAUCUAAAUUUACUCUCUCUUUUCACAACCAUUUUGAUUACAUUUUCUUGCAAUUAAUACAAUAAAAAUAGUUGCAGUGAUUGUUACAAUGUUAUUUUCAAAGUAUAUUAUUAACAAUAAUAAACUAAAUAGGGUAAACACUGAUUCAAUUGUAAAUUCACUUUAAAAAAGGACAAAUUGUAUAAUAUUGAUUGUUCAUUUGGCUCUUCCUUUUCCCUUUUGGCUUGGCCUUUAUUGUAAUAUUAUUAUUAUUA